CCCAGAACCCUCUGCUCAGGACGAAGGCAGUCAUGCGGAUGGAAACAGGAGUUGGCAUCCGCUCCGCUGCGCRAGGAAGAAACUUCGAGGGAAGAUGCACGAAGAGGAGGAUGGCGGCGACUCAAACUCCUGCUCGGCCCCGCGGCUGCCGUCCUUCAAGUCCGUGGACGUGGCCGACGUCGACGGCGGGAGGGAGCAGGCCCCCAAACUGUGCGGCUACUUGAACAAGCUGUCKGGCAAGGGGCCUCUCAGGGGGUACAAGCUGCGCUGGUUCGUGUACGACCCGAGGAAAUGUUACUUGUAUUACUUCAAGACGCCCCAGGACGCCCUUCCCCUCGGACACAUCGAUAUCGGCGAUGCCUGCUUCAUGUACGACGCGGAGGGGCACGAGGGCCAGUUUGAAGUCCGCACAGCCGGGAAGGAGUUCCUCCUGAAGGCCCCCAACAGGCAGGUGAUGCACUACUGGCUGCAGCAGUUGCAGCAGAAACGCUGGGAGUACAGCAGCACAAGAGGCGGAGGUGGUCAGAGAGACAGCUGGAGCUCCCCAACCCUGGUUUAUCCUCCCACCGGCCUCGUGGGCAAAGAUAACGGUUCCUCUGUCACUGAGAACCAAAGUGAAAACCUGGAGAAGGUCCGCAGUGACUUCGCCAUGGAGACAGAACUAAAUCCUGGUGGGAUGGUGGGGAUCCAGUCAGCCAAAGGGCCCUCUGCCGCCAACUUCUCCCUGAAAAACUUUAGCACAGAGAUCAGAAACACCAUGUCUUAUCUGCGGCCUGGCAGAACAGGCGAGAACAGACGCAGCGUGUUUUACACCAGCAACAGCAAUUCAGACGAGUGGGAGAUGAUCGAUCCACCUAAGGACCUCCCUGAGCUGAAGCCCCACCUGGACUCGCACAGACAUUCCUUCGGCUCGGCGUUCACUUUCGAUUUCGUGCGCAGCUCCUCGCGGCCCAAGAGGGCCUCGCUCCGAGACGUGAAGGGGACGGGGAGGUUCGGGCGCAGCUCUGACAAUUCGGCGGCGGAGUGCAACGGCAGCAAACCUCCGGACACGCAGCUUCGCCUGCAAAGCCAGCAGGAGGAGCUGAGCCAGAUGCAGCAGGAACAAGUGAAGCUGCGAGAGGAGCUGGCCAGUCAGAAGGAACUGGUGAGACUUCUGCAGCAGACUCUACGAACCUCCCAGUGCGACCGACCCGCAGUGCACCGACCACCUCCACCCCCCUCCUCACCCUCAGACCAGAACCCGACUCCAGCUGUGACCCAGGAGGACGUGACUCAACUGGAGGCGCUGCUCCAGGAGAGAGACGUCCAGAUUCCGUCCCUGUGUGGCCACAUGGAGCGUUUGUCCCUGGAGAAGGAGAGCCUGCAGAAGGAGCUGAAAGCCCUGAAAAUCAAGGUGGGGGAAAUGAACGACCAGCUGGGGAUGCUGAUGGAGACCAUCCAGGCAAAGGACGACGUCAUCGUGAAGCUGUCGCAGCAGAGCGACGAGCAGGGCGGAAACCCAAACGAUGCAGGUUCACCCGGUCCGCACAAGGAGCAGCAGGAGCUGGAUGUCCUCAAGGACAGUCUUCAAGGAUACAAAUCCCAGAACAAAUUCCUGAACAAAGAAAUCCUGGAGCUGACGGUGCUGCGAAGAAACGCAGAGAUGAGAGAAAAAGCUUUAGAGGCAAAGUGCACAGCUCUGGAGGCCAAGCUGUGUCAAGUGGAGAGUAAAUAUUUGGUGCUGCUUCAGGAAGUCCGGACGCCCGUGUGUUCGUCGUCGGAGCAGAGCCCGGCUCGGGAGGUCAUUUCUAGACUACUGGAGGACGCGCUGCAGGCAGAGAGCUCGGACCAGCAGGAGCACACCAUCUUUAAACCAAACACUGUCAGUGAGUACGACACGUACGGCUUCAAGACGGUCCCCGAGGAGGAGGAAGAGGAGGAGAGGCUGGAUGCGAAGGUCCGAGCCUUGGAGCUGAAGUCCCUGUCCAUGACGGACCAGGAGGUGUCCGUCGGGGUCAAGUGGGAGAACUUCCUGGCCGGCACCAUGAACCGAGACCUGGUGCGCUCCCCCGAGCUCAAGGCCCUGAUCCGCUGCGGCGUGCCCCACGAGCACCGCCCCCACGUGUGGCGCUGGUGCGUUGCCCUCCACGUCAAGAAGUUCCGCGACCACCUGGUGCCGGAGUACUACGAGACCCUGCUGAACGUGGCCCGGGAGAGGCCCAACCCGGCCUCGAAGCAGAUCGAGCUGGACCUGCUGCGCACUCUGCCCAACAACAAGCACUACGCCUCGCCGAGCGCGGGCGGCAUCCACAAACUCAGGAACGUCCUGCUGGCCUUCUCCUGGAGGAAUCCGGACAUCGGCUACUGUCAGGGACUGAACAGGCUAGUAGCUAUCGCCUUGCUGUACUUAGACCAAGAAGAUGCCUUUUGGACCCUUGUAGCCAUUGUGGAAGUUUUCAUGCCGAGAGACUAUUACACAAAGACUCUGCUUGGCUCUCAGGUUGACCAGCGUGUGUUUAAAGACCUGAUGAGCGAGAAGCUGCCGCGCCUUCAUGCCCACUUCGAGCAGCACAAGGUGGAUUUCUCUCUCAUCACCUUCAACUGGUUCCUGGUCGUGUUUGUGGACAGCGUGGUGAGCGACAUCCUCUUCAAGAUCUGGGAUGCCUUUCUGUUCGAAGGACCCAAGAUCAUAUUUCGAUUUGCUCUUGCCCUGUUCAAGUACAAAGAAGAAGAAUUUUUGAAGUUGCAGGAUUCCACAGCCAUCUUCAAAUACCUGCGAUGCUUCACUCGCACAAUCUUGGAUUCAAGGAAGCUGAUGAACAUUGCUUUUGUCGACAUGAACCCGUUCCCCAUGAGGCAGAUCCAGAACCGCCGCUCCUUCCACCUGGAGAAGGUGCGCCUGGAGCUGACGGAGCUGGAGGCCAUCAGACAGACCUUCCUGAAGGAGAGGGAGACGAGGCAGGACGGACGCAGCUUCGUCAGCGACGACGAGGAAGACACCUGAUGAAGAGGAUCCAGGGCUGUUUUAGAAUGAAGACAAAGAGAKCGUCUCYGCAAAUUUGUGACGCGUUGCCGUCACCGAGGGUUUUAUUUUCCUGAUUCAGUCCCCAGAGUCCGUCUCUGCAUCACGAUCAGGAACAGUGAGUCAAAGGACCAAGAACCCAUCAGUAUUCCUGCCAUUAUCUUCUUAUUUGUAAAAAACACUUUUGUUUUUGCUGCCUACUUUUAUAUCAUGUCCAACAGCGAAUGCUUUAUCAAUUCCAAACCCACUUCUACAGCCUAAAGCAGUAUUUUCAAACAUUUUUGUGUCUUUUUUUUAAGAAAUCUGUGUGUUUUUUUAAGUGUACAUUACCAAUCAUCAUUUUUUCUUUACUCUUGUCUUUUAUUGCACUUAAAUUUUUGGAUGCUGGAGCUUCAACCUAGCUCAAAUGUUUAGUUUUUAAACAUUCCCAUUCAGAUUUGUAUCUGGAUGAAAAAUAGAGAGGAUGGAUCAAAAACUCAAGCUCUCCUUUUUGUGCCAACUACAGGAACCACUUACUGAAAUGUAUUUUUACAUUUAAAAUUCUAAUAUUUUCAGUAUAAACAGACUAAGAUGCCACAAAUCAUGUGUCUUAUUAGUCAGUUCGUGUUUUGUAUGUUUUUUUACUGGUACAUAGCUGAGUCAUCAAAAUAUUAUUUCUUUUUUCCAAAAUUCUUAAAAACCUUGUUUGGCAUAACUGCCUCAGGAUUUGAUCGACACAACAUUUUAAUUUACUUGAACAAUUCAGUGAAACCCUUCAGGUAAUUCAUCAGUAUUUUUACUUUUACUCUCAUAUUAGAGUACUGCAUUUAUUUCUGCCGUUGGUUAAUUUUGCCUUAUUUUCCAUCUGUUUAGAGUAGUUUGAAGGAUUAAGUACAUUGGUGUCUUUACACUCGUUGUCCUCACUGUGGCAGUGUAACAUUUAUUCACACAUUCACACAGCAGCUGGAGUCUAAGUUGACAUUAUUAAAUUAAGAAAAAAUAAUAGUAAAAUCCUUCACUUUGUUGCACAUUCAGGUACUUAUAGAUCAUUGUUUGUUUUGUUUGUUUAAAACCUUGUUCAUUUCUGAGGCUGUGUAAGUUUGAUCAGUAAACUGUGAACACUUGGAUGAACAGGAUCUUACACGAGACUGACGAGGAAGUGGUUGUUUAUCUUUUUUUUUCAGUUUAGCUCUUCUUCCUGUGUGCUGGAGCCUCGUUUACAACUUAUUUUUUUACUCACGUUGAGCUGUUAUUUCAAAACUUGCUCUGCUGCUGUUAUCUUUUUGUUAAAUCACUUGUGAAAACAUGGCUGAAUUAUGUUGAAUGACUCGCAUGUAGAGGUAGAAAUUUAAAUUGAAUUUGUAUGAGAGCAGGUCUCUCACUGAAUCCAAAAUUUUCCAAACUAGAUUUUUUUUUUGGAACCAUGAUGGUAAAGAGCUGGUGCGUUAGGUUUCAGCCUUUUUAAAAAUACUUUAAUGGAAUAAGCUACAUCGAAAACAAUCAUCUUUUCUUUCUCUUUUUAUUUUUGUUUGUUUCUGUCAGCACAAUAUUGCACAGUAUGACCUUCAUCUUAAAGCUGAUCUGUUAUUUUUUUCAUCUUUAUUGUUGAUUUGCUCUUUUUUAAAUGAAAAAUAAAAAAAUCUUUGUUAACAAAUUGGAAUAUUAUGCCACUUUGUGUUAAACCACAUCAAUAAAUAACUGUUAAAUGAA